AUGUCCACCCGUUGGUGUUUCCCUUUCUGUCAGCAGCUGGAUAAGGAGCUGCAACACAACCUGAAGGAGACCAUGGUUCAGAAAUACCAGCAGUCUGGAGAGGAGAGCAUCACCAGUGCAGUGGACAAGCUGCAGCAGGAGUUUAAGUGUUGUGGUAGUAACAGCUCGUCAGACUGGUCAGACAGUGUGUGGAUCCUGACACCUAGCAACGAGAGACUGGUCCCAGACAGCUGCUGCAAGACUCCCAGUAACCUCUGUGGCCGCAGAGACCACCCCUCUAAUAUCUACAAGGUGGAGGGAGGGUGCAUCACAAAGCUGGAGACCUUCAUUCUGAGCCAACUGCAGAUCCUGGGAGCAGUGGCGAUCGGCAUCGCCUUCCUCCAGCUCGUAGGGAUGAUUCUUGUUUGCUGCCUGUAUCGAGGUCUGAAGGAGGAGUCAUACUGAGCAUGGCUGAUGGCACAACUACAACAGCAAGAAGACAACAACAACAACAACAACAACAACCACAACUACACAACCACAACAACACAACCACAACUACAACAGCAAGAAGACAACAACAACAACAACAACAACACAACCACAACAACACAACCACAACUACAACAGCAAGAAGACAACAGCAAGAAGACAACAACAACAACACAACCACAACAACAUAUUUACCAGUAUUUAGAUAUGCUUUCUCUCUGUCUCGGACGCUACAUACAUCUCAUGUAGAUAUUUGGAAUGAAAGUCGGUUUUUUUUUCAAAGACAAAUUUAAUCUAUGUAGAAGUUUAGGUAAGGCAGGCAAAGAGGCAGGCAGACAGACAGACAGACAGGCAGGCAGCAGGC